CAACUCUAAAUAAGUAAACAUGGCUCUCAGAGACAUUGAUCAAAAUGCUGCGAAUCCACAUAAAAAAAUGAAGCUCGACGCCGGUCUAGAAAUGGUGAAGAAACUUAAUGGACAGUUGCUGAAUUUAAGAACAGAGACCACUGAGCUUAGACAGCAGUGUAUCGCAGGUGAGCAUUUACUGACACCAGAACAAAGAACAACAUUGCUGGCAUGUAACUCACCCCUACCUGAGGAUUGUCAAAGUGGCAAUGAACUUGAUGAAAGUAUCAUCUUUAUAGAGUCAGACUCUGGUCAAGACAUGGUACCUACGAGUGCAGUAAAUAGCCAGAAAGUCGUAUUAGAUGAAGACUUAGAAAUCAUGUAUACAAGACAACCAGAGACCAUCUCAUAUCCACAUCCCAGGGCUGAUUGUGCACUGCAUUUAUUUACGCGAAGUCAUGAUAUAUUGCUUGGUCCUGUUGAAAAGAAUGCUCUGUGCUGUGAUAAUUGUUAUUGCUAUGUAUGUGAUGUACCAGCAAAGCAGUGUAAUGAAUGGAGUUCCACAGCAGUUGCUCACUGUAAUGCACAUCGCAAAGCUGAGGCAUGGAGAAAUAAGCGCAAUUCUAAAAAAAGUGGAUUGUUAUUAAAAUUAACAUUGGAAGAAACUACACAAGAGAUUCGUGAUGCAGCCGCCAGAGCUCAGGAAUUGUCCAAUGAAAUUUCCAAAAAAUAUGAUGUAUAUAGAGAAGGACAACAAAGUCAAGCACCUAGACAGUGUCUCUGCAGAUCUUAUGAAAGACAGCGGUUGGAUACUGGUGAAAACUGUUUUAACUGUCAACAAGAAGCAUGUAAUCAGAAAAAAGUACACGAUUUUAGUCCAGUAAUGUAUACAAUAUGCACAGCUAUUCAAGAAGCUGAAAGAGAGUUUAGUAAUGGAAAGUCUACUCGGGCCUUAGUUUUAUUAGAUGACCUUGUCAACUGUAUUUGUAAUGAGAGGCCACCGGGACGGAGCCAAGCUGACUAUGAUGAACCUGCUGAAUAUGGAGGUUAUGAUGUCUCUGCUUACACUGGUAGGAAAAAUCUAAUGAAAUCGAUUGAUAGCUUAUUAGUAGAUCUAUUCAUGCAAGAUUCUGUUUCUGUAUGCAUACGAAGAAAAGUGAUAGACAAUAUGAAGCAUAAUUUAAUUCUUAGUAAAGGUGGAUUGAAAUGGCAAGAUUAUAUUUCUUUGUCAAUGAGGCACUGGGACAAUGUAUUGUUAUCACCAGUCUUGCAUGGACAGAAUAUCACAGGGAAGCGUGGAGGAGAUGUACUCAAGGAACCUUUAGACAUAGUAAAUAAAAGAAUAGCUAUUUUAGAACGACAGAAAAAAUGGCAGCAGAUUGUAAGAUACAUUAAAGUGGUUGUAGUUCUCACUCCUAAUACGUUUGGAGCUACACGUAAUGUAAUGCAAGAAAGGUUGCUGCGCAGCAAGAUUCCGUUGUAUUUGGCAUACCAGGGUAAAUUCUCAGAAGCGUGUGGCAAACUUGUACAUGAAACCAUGGGAGAAAAAAACUACAAUGCUCAUAUGAACUCUAAUGCUCUCCUAAGUAGAAUUGAACCGUCAGUAUUCCUGGGGUUGUUAAAAUUAUUCAGUGGAGAACCAACACAUCUCAUGCAAAGUGGCUGUAGUUUUACACCUUUGGAUGAUGACACUUUAUUUAGACUGUGUCUUAGAGCCUAUGUUAUCAACAAAGGUAUUGGACUAGAUGAGAACAUUUUGAAAUGGAUAAUAAAUAGAUUUAUGGCUGAUGUUGUGCUUGAACCGUCAGAUACUGCAUAUGCCGUUCUUUAUUCUGCAUCAUGGCAAAUGGUAGCAGAUGCUCAGAGAGGUAUUGGCAUUGCAAGGAUUAAUGCAAACCUUAUUGGUGUAAGAUUAUUGGCCAUGAAUGAUGUAUUAAGUUCUGUCAUUUCCAAGAACAAUAUAACUGAUUGUAACCGUAUAUUGGAGAUUUAUAAAACUGUUUUUAAGAAUAAUCAUUGGGUGCUGAAAGACUUCCUAAAUCAGAAGAGUUUAGAAGCUGUAGGUGUUAGUCCUGUACUCCUGAAUUUGUUGAUGUCAAAUCACAUUCCAUCAUAUGGUUUGGAUGGACUGGGAGAUAAACUUCUACAGAGAUUAUUUGACAAGUUAUACAUUUCACAGAGUUGUGAUAUUCUGGAGGCUGUUCUCAAGCACUCACGAGAUAAAGCAGCUACAUCAGAUCGUAAUGACUACCUAUAUGUACUAGAAAAUACACAGAAAAUAUUGUUCAAGUAUGGUACUCAAAUAAUAGCAAAAAAAGUAUCCUGUGCAUAUUCAACUGAAUCUGGAGACUUCUUGACACCACAGUCUGUCACCAGAUUACUAAAACUGAUUGCUCCACUCCAGCAUAUGUGUUCGAAUAUUCAACGUUAUAACUUGACAGUAUUUGCAUUAAACCGAUUUGAAACUCAGCCGAGUGUGGACAGUUUGGUUGAUUUACAAAUCGUUUCUGGUUAUUCAUGGCCCACAUACAAAGCAAAAUGCCUUAAAUUUAUGGAGCUCCCAUGGAAUUUCAAAUUUGGAUUUGAUAAGACCUGUAUGGUGGAUGUGCUCUUCAUGUUGGAUGGUCACCGUCAAGCUGUCAAAUAUCUUUCAGAAGACUCUACUUGCAGGGAAGCAUGUGGAGCUUUGACAGUCAAAUCUAAUAUGCCUUUCAGUAGACUGCCUGCUCCACUAAUUAAAAAUCUGCUAGAUUAA